UCCGUGUCAUGGAAACUCGUCCGGCCGUCCCAGCGGGGGCGAGGCCGUAAAUAACCGCGACGCCCUAAAACGAGGACCGUUUCUUUCGUCUCGGUUUCGCGAUCCCGUUUGAAUAUCAGAAAGUCGCCGACCUUUACCGGCGGGGCCCCCCGUGGGAAUUUCGAAAAGCGCCGCGUCACGGGAUAUGGACGCGGAGGAGGAGGAGGAGGCGAGACUUUCCUAACGGUCGGCUCGCUCCGUCGUCCGGCCCCGAAACCGGAACGUCACCCCGGGCGGUAAACCGGUACUACGUUUGCCUUUGAAGUUGGCGUCCGCGGAGGAGUUUGCGGCAACUUUCCCCGCCGCGGCAGCCGCCGGACUACCAACCGCCUCCGCGCCCACCGUGGCUCUUAACUCGCCCCAACGUUGGUUUAGCGUCGCCGGUUGGAUGACGUCGGUUUUCGUUCGCCGCUCACGUUUUCCCAAAACCUGCGGUCUCUGCCGUGGGUCUCUGCCGUGAUUUGUGUUUGUGAGACCGUGGCACCUCUCAAGAUGAAAGGCGUCUUUAAGAAAGUUCAUUCUCAUCACCGGUGCCUGGAUGAUUCACUGCAGGGUGAAAUCCAGGCUUUCCUCAUAGAGGAGGAUCAACUCCACACCUACGAUGACCUUACCAAAGUCAACCCAGUGACCCCAACGACAGUGCUGAAAUGCCUGCAGGCCAGGUACAAUGUGAGGAUGUUCUACACCAAUGCAGGCUGCACCUUGGUGGCACUCAACCCCUUCCAGCCCAUCCCAGACCUCUACACGUUGGACGUGAUGAAGGAGUAUCACGAUGCUCCUCAGCCCAAGGAGUUCAAACCCCAUGUGUUCAUUGUGGCGGAGGAGGCCUACAGGAAUGUUCAGAGCCAGCUGGAGCCCGUGAACCAGUCCGUGGUGGUCAGUGGUGAGAGCGGUGCAGGAAAGACAUGGACAUCCCGUUGCCUGAUGAAGUACUAUGCCACAGUGGCAGGCUCUUCCUCUGAGAUGACGUGUCAGGGCACAGUGGGCAGGAUAGAGAGGAGGGUGCUGGACUCCAACCCUGUCAUGGAAGCCUUUGGCAACGCCUGUACGCUGCGAAACAACAACAGCAGUCGCUUUGGAAAGUACAUCCAACUCCAGCUAAACAGUUCUCAGUUGCUGGUGGGGGCAUCAGUGUCAACUUACCUGCUGGAGAAGACCAGGGUGGCCCGCCAACCACCUAAUGAGAGAAACUUCCACAUAUUUUACCAAAUGAUGAAAGGGGCCACAGAGGAGCAGAGAAAGGAGUGGAAGAUGCCACGAGGCCAAAGUUUUGCUUGGCUUCCAAAUGCUGAAAAAACAGUGGAGGAAGAUUGUUUUCUGGAGACUCUAGAGGCAAUGUUUCACCUGGGUAUCAACGCAGAGAGGCAAGGCCAAAUAUUUAGGAUAUUGGCAGGGGUUUUACAGAUGGGGAAUGUAAAGUUCUCCUCCUCUAUGGAUGAAUCACAGCCUUGUGAUUUGGAGGAGCAAUCCAAAGACUUCCUGCGGACGGCUGCUGGGCUGCUGUGUGUCCCUGUGGAGGAGCUCCAAACCUGUCUGAGCAUGAGGAUGCUGAAGGCAGGCAAGCACAGCGUUGUCAAGCCCUGCUCCCAGUCUGAGUGUAGUGUGAGGAGAGACUGCCUAGCUAAGGUCAUCUACUCCCAAUUGUUUGAAUGGCUGGUUACGUUCAUCAACAACAGCGUAUGCGCAGACAACUCCACUUGGAUCAAUUUCAUAGGUCUUCUGGACGUGUAUGGGUUCGAGUGUUUCCUCGUCAAUAGCUUGGAACAGCUGUGCAUCAACUAUGCAAACGAGAAACUCCAGCAGCACUUUGUGGCCCACUAUCUCAGAGCUCAGCAGGAAGAAUAUGUGACAGAGGGGUUGGAGUGGUCCUUUGUCAAAUACCAGGACAACCAGAGCUGUCUGGAUCUAAUAGAGGGCAACCCCACCAGCAUCUUUACUCUCUUCAAUGAGGAAUGCCGUCUUAACCGAGCCUCUGAUGCCAAGAAGUUCAUGGUUCGUCUGGAGAAGGAGCUGUGUGACAAGGCUAACGUGAGCUGGGAUAAAUUUAGUAAAGAACCACAUUUUACUGUGGCCCACUAUGCUGGCAAAGUCACCUACCAGAUUGAGGGAAUGAUGGAAAAAAAUAAGGACCCGGUGCCACCAGAGCUCAUCAGCUUGCUUCAGAAGUCUGACAACCCUAUGCUUCGGCAGGUCUUCUCUGACAAAGUGACCGAGAACCCCUCAACCAAGGGGUUUGCAAAGGUGGUCACUGUAGUCUCCAAGUUCAAGAAUUCUCUGGAGCGCUUGAUGAAGAUCCUUCAUAACACAACUCCUCACUACACCCGCUGCAUCAAACCUAACCCCGAUUCCAAACCUCUCACCUUCAAAAAGGAGGAGGUUAUCAUGCAGUUGGAGGCCUGUGGGAUCGUGGAGACCAUCCACAUCAGUGCAGCAGGCUUUCCAAUAAGAAUUCCUUUCAAAAGCUUCCAACAACGCUAUGGACUGAUUUCUCAGUCUUCGGUCUACAACUUGGAAGCUCAGAGUAUUGAUUUGGAGGCUGAUGGGAAGGACGUUCUUCGGGCAGCUGUGGAAAACAUUGUAAGAGUGGUGUUGCAGUGCCAGGCUGCUGACCCCUCACACCCACCCGACCGUGGAACACACAGUCCGUUAGUGCACUGUGGACGGACUAAAGUAUUUCUGACCCACUCGAUGCUGGAGCUGCUGGAGGAUCAGAGGAAGAAGAUCCUGUCCCAGAAGGCGUUCUCCAUUCAGUGCUGCUGGCGCAGGUACCAAGGUCGCAGAGGUCUGGUCAGGAGACAGGCCGCUACCAAGAUCCAAGCAGCGGUGCGGUCAUGGCAGGUCAGAAGGGAGGUGCAGAGAUGGCACAAGGCGGCAGCAGUCAUCCAGAAUACCUGGAGGAAGUGGAGGGCACUAAUGGACGCCUUGGCCAAUAUGGAACUAGAUGACGCGGACAACCUUUUGGAGGAGGACGUGCCGGUGUUAAGCGCCCUCAUCAGGGACAGGGGCUCAGUGCAGCUGUCCACCAUCCAGGAGCCUGUCACCGUGCGAGGAUGGCCCAUGGGCUUGGCUCUGGCCGCAGCCCCGUCCAUCAGUGUGUCCCUGUCGGCCACCGGCUUCCAGAAGAUGUUGUCAGUGAUGGCCUCCCUCAGCUUGCCCUCCAAGAGAGGGAAGUACAAGGUGGAAACCAACCAGUACAAGCAGGGGCUGGCGUCCAUUAGAGCUCAACCGAGGGGAUCUAUAAAGCUUCACUACCAGCGAUCUCCACUCCUCUACGCUGAUGUGAAUCCAGACUUGAAGAGUGAUGGAGUGACGGGGUUUAAUCAGAUCCUGUAUGAGAAGAACCUUGUAAUGUGUUAAAACGUUGCGCUGGAGGACUAACACACAAAUGAAAGCCAGCGUUUCACAUAGGUGCCACAACGGUGGAGGAAAUGCAUCCCCACAAUUUAAUCGCAGGGAACAAGCUUGAACUUUAUGCGUCCUCUUCUUAAUAGGGGCGUGAUUUGCAUUUAAAUGACACAAACGUUAAAGUUGGUGACAGCUGAUGAAGCGAAUGACCCCCGGGAGAUGCUGAGGAGGAGGCCACAGGUUCUUGGUCAUGUUGCAUGAGAGAGGGACAUGUCCACCUGGGAUGUUCUACUGCAUCUCUGAUACCAUAAAGGCCAAUAAGCAUGUACUUUGGGGGGUGGGGGGGGAUUACCAUUUCCAUAUAACUUGCACACAAAUCUACAUUUUGUGGACUAGCCGUUUUGGGAAAUCCAUGUAGAGCAUGUCUAGAAAACUCGCGUUCUCCUCUUCGCAACGAAUCUGACUUGCCACCAUUUUGUCGUAUUAUUUUAGAUGAUGGAAAAUUGUUUUAGAUGAGAUCUUUCAAAACAAAGCCCGACUUCGUGAUUUAGAAUUAUGUGGUGGCCCAAAGUUCUCACAGCCUUAAAAAUCAGAGAAGGCAGUCCUGUGUGGGUGGAUAAAAACAGGUUGCACAGGAACCCACCAGGUUAUCGGACAGAGAAACCAUAACACCAGGUACAAGUACAUGUCCCGUAGUGCUUACCGGAACAUUUUCAUGUUACGACCACCUGUAAAACUUGAAAUUCUUGGGCGUCCGGGUGGCGUGGCGGUCUAUUCUGUUGCCUACCAACACGGGGAUCGCCGGUUCAAAUCCCAGUGUUCCCUCCGGCUUGGUCGGGCGUCCCUACAGACACAAUUGGCCGUGUCUGCAGGUGGGAAGCCAGAUGUGGGUGUGUGGCCUGGUCACUGCACUACCGCCUCCUCUGGUCGGUUGCGGUGCCUGUUCAGGGGGGGACUGGGGGAAAUAGCAUGAUCCCCCAUGCGCUACGUCCCCCCUGGUGAAACUCCUGUCAGGUGAAAAGAAGCGGCUGGUGACUCCACAUGUAUGAGAGGAGGCAUGUGGUAGUCGGCAGCCCUCCCCGGACUGGCAGAGGGGGUGGAGAAGCGACCGGGAUGGCUUGGAAGAGCGGGGUAAUCGGCCACAUACAAUUGGGGAGAUUUUUUCAAAAAACAACAAACAAACAAACCUUGAAGUUCUCUAAAAACAGGUGUUUUAGACGGAUUUCUGUUUAGAUAAAUUCUAUUUUUAAAUGGGGGGGGGUGUCUUAAUGUUCCCUUGCCUGCUGCACCGUUUGUGCAGCACCACGUGGUCCUGGAAAGAAAUACACAAUGAAAAUAUUUAGCUCAUGUACAUCUAGGGUACAGCUUUUAUCCCCUCACAAACUCUGCAGCUCUCUGGAUUGAGAACCAGUUUUCCUUUUAAUGGGGCAUUUGAGGAUGUACAAGUCCUUGGCAUUGAACAAGCGUGCCUUUCUUUCUUUUUUUUUUAAAUCGAGAUUUAAUUCAAGAAUUAGCUGGUAUAUUUAUUUAUUUAUGGGUGACUUGAUUGGUUCAUCUUGGAUGCAACCAUCCAUCCAUCCAAGCCGCUUCUCCCAACCAUAGUGGCGGGGAUGCUGGAGCCUGUCCCAGCAGUCUCUGGGCGGCAGGCGGGGAGACACCCUGGACAGGCCGCCAGGCCAUCACAGGGCCCACACACACACACAGACACACACAUAUUCACACCUAGGGGCAAUUUAGUAAUGGAAUGUAUGUAUGUAUAUAUAGUAUUGUUUCCAAGGCCUCUGAGUGCAGCAUUUAAACCACUCAAAGCGAGUAUUAAUAGUGUGUAUUACUAGUGUGUGUAUUACUGGUGUGUGUACCACCAGUGUUUGUAUUACCAGUGUGUCCAGUGGAAAACAGUUUGAUGCAUAAAGCAUUGCACAUGUACAGCACAUAUAUUGCACAUGUAAAGCGCGCAGGAACUGAUGCGCAGCAACACGUCACACAAAAGCUCACGUAAGCAGCCGUGUCGGGCCGUGGAACAGGAAACGGGUCGUAAACUCCCGCCACGUUCGCUUUCCCGCCAUCGGAAACUUGACAAUGGGAGCUUUCUAUCAGGGACACCGUGUGACCGCACCACUUCCUGCUGCGUGGCUUCACAAGCUACUGACCAAAAAAAAGGCAUUUUACCUACUGCAGUUCACAGUAACGUUACUGCUGCGUUUUGUUAAGCUUUAACUCAUCAAGGGAGGGAAAAAAAACACUAAUUGUUAGAUUAUUUCCGGUAUUUGAGCUGAACUUCCACGUUAUUCGGUCAAGGAACAAGUUGUCAUUUUAAUUUGCCCCCCAGAGCAGUGGCGCCCCCAAGGGGUGACCACGGCCACCCUGAUACUAUCCCCUGGCCCCCCCCAGCCACGAGUCGCAUAUGCAGAAUAUGCUUCUGAUUAUGCAUAAUAUGCUUCUAUCUGAUAGUUCACAUUAGGUGCUGUUCAUUUAAAUCAAUAAUGUAUAUUUUUCUUAACUCUCAUAUUGAGUUUUCCACUAGCCUAUACAGUAUACUACAACAGCAGCAUAG